GGACGGAGGAAGAGGACAAGAGGAGGAGAGGAGGGUGCUGGUGGAGGGACAUUCAGUCAUUGUUACCAACUCGAGGAGCGGCGAAGACCCCGCUUACUCCCCGAAUUUUGCGGACAGCUUUCAGGCAGAGCAUCGUUUCCACAGGGGGUCGUCGCUCAUAUUUCCUCCAGCAUCAUCGCCGUCUGUGAAGGCAGGAGACGGAGGAGUGUUUUCAGCAUCUUAAAGGACCACAGCAUCACUUAGGUGAUGGAGGCCCUGUGACUCAGUGUAGUCAUGGUGAUGGAUGCAGCCAACUUGGCCCUGUUGGAUUACGCUGCCCAGCCCAUGGUGUUUCUCUGUGAUCUAACGAGGAGGAAAGGGCAAACAGAUAGUCCUUAAGUCUGGUAAUUUUUCCCACUUCCUGGUUAAAAUACCACGAUGCUGACAGGGCUCGAGCCCUCUCCAUGAGCCGUCAUCUCCUGGGUCUUGCUUCUUUUUUCCUGUACGGAUCAUGGAUCUCCUGUGGGUGCUUUCCGUGUCCAUGCUGACCGUGUGUGUUGCCGUCCCCAUGGAUGCUGUGGCCGGGAGCCACAGUCUGUUCACCUGUGAGCCCAUCAUCCUGCGCAUGUGUCAGGGGCUGCCCUACAACUCCACCUUCAUGCCCAACGUCCUGAACCACUACGACCAGCAAACUGCUGCUCUCGCCAUGGAGCCUUUCCAUCCCAUGGUGAACCUGCAGUGCUCCCCGGAGCUCAGGAUGUUCCUGUGUGCGCUCUACGCCCCGGUUUGCACCGAGUACGGCCGGGUCACGCUGCCGUGUCGCCGCCUCUGUCUGCAGGCCAAGAGCGACUGCUACAAGCUGAUGGACAUGUUUGGUGUCAGCUGGCCAGAGGAGAUGGACUGCAACAGGUUCCCAGACUGCGACGAGCCCUACCCCCGCCCCGUGGACCUCCUGUCCGGCUCGGACACGACCGAGUCUCCCAUCUCCGUCCAGAGGGACUACGGCUUCUGGUGUCCUCGCGAGCUCAAGAUCAGCCCCGAGCUCGGUUACUCCUUCAUGGGGGUGCGAGACUGCUCUCCUCCGUGUCCCAACAUGUACUUCACACGUGAAGAGCUGACGUUCGCCCGCUACUUCAUCGGAGUCGUGUCCAUCGUCUGCCUCUCUGCCACGCUCUUCACCUUCCUGACGUUCCUCAUCGACGUGUCGCGAUUCCGCUACCCGGAGCGCCCGAUUAUAUUUUACGCCGUGUGCUACAUGAUGGUGUCCCUGGUGUUCUUCCUGGGCUUCCUGUUGGAGGACAAAGUUUCCUGUAAUGCAGCUAGUCCUGGGAGGUUCAGGGCUUCGACCGUGACUCAGGGCUCCCAUAAUAAG